UCGGAGAGCAGCACUUUCCACAGACAGGGAUUUAUUUAUUUUCUACACAUGCAUAUAUGCAUUUAUUUAUUUGCUGGGUUGCAUUUGCUUUCCCUUUUUUUUUUUUCCUUUUUAACCCUUUCACAAAAGCCCCAAACCUCUCAAGUGACGAGCCUGAGGUUCCCCUAAAAUAAAAUCACGGCAUGGUGGGGCUGGGUCGCUUCCCCUUCCCCCUCGGAAAAUAAAAGAGGAAGGGGGAGCAAAUAGGUAAAAUCCAGAAUCAAACCAUCUCGCCAGAAAACUCACACGUCCUCCCUCGCACACGCACACACACACACACACACACGCUCUUUCUCCUCCUCCUCCUCUCUGAAGGUGGGUAGCAGGAGCCAUGCAACAUCUGCAGAACCGGAUGGCAAAAGAGCAGGAGGAAAAAUAAUCCAAGUGGAGUGCUCAGGGGACACUGAGUUGUGGGGGGUUUUUUUUCUUUUUUUUUUUUUCCUCUUUUUUUUUUUUUUUUUUUUUUCUUCUUCUUUUUCUUCUGCGUACCUGUGAGAUUCGAUUCCACGUUUUGCUGAGCCCAUUUUGGGGCAUUUUAUUUUGCUUUCUCUUGGGAUUUUCUCCAUUGCCAGAGGAUGUCUCUUGUUGAGAGGAUGCUGAAAGGAAGAAGAAACGAAUUCUUUGACUGGCACUGAAGGAGGGGGGGGAUAUUUUUCCCCCACAUUUUUAUUUUUUUUCCAUUAUUCUUUUUCUCUAGGAAAUCAUUAACUGGGGGGGGGGUUGGUUUCUUUUUUCCCUCCCCCCCUUUUUUUGGAGGGGGAUUUCAGAAGAUCCAUCUUUCUUUCCCCUCCCCUCCAAAGAUUUUUUUUUUCAUCCUUCGUCUUUGUGGAAAUGUGGACAUUUCAGGCAGACAGAUUGAGUGGAAUUGUCUCUGCUUUAGCAGCUCUUUGUCUCGCCUGCUGUGCGCAAAGCCCAUCCACUGGAAAUAUUUCUGUGGUGAAAGAGAUUGUGGACAAACUGCUGAAGGGCUAUGAUGUCCGCCUCAGGCCUGACUUUGGAGGUAACCCUGUCACAGUGGGAAUGAGCAUCCAUAUCUCCAGCAUUGACCAGAUCUCUGAAGUCAACAUGGACUACACCAUCACCAUGUACUUCCAGCAGAGCUGGCGGGACAAACGCCUGGCGUACAACGACCUCCCUCUCAACCUGACCCUGGACAACCGGGUGGCUGACCAGCUGUGGCUGCCUGACACCUAUUUCCUGAACGACAAGAAGUCCUUUCUGCACGGGGUGACGGUGAAGAACCGCAUGAUUCGCCUCCAUCCCGACGGGACUGUCCUGUACGGCCUGAGGAUCACCACCACGGCCGCCUGCAUGAUGGAUCUGCGGAGGUACCCCCUGGACCAGCAGAACUGCACGCUGGAGAUCGAGAGCUAUGGUUACACGGUUGAUGACAUCGUCUUCUUCUGGCAAGGAAAUGAUUCUGCUGUCACGGGGAUGGAGGUGCUGGAGCUGCCCCAGUUCACCAUCAUCGAGCAGAGGCUGGUCAGCAGGGAAGUGGUCUUCACCACGGGUUCCUAUCUGCGCCUAUCCUUGAGUUUCCGGAUUAAGAGGAACAUCGGUUACUUCAUCCUGCAGACUUACAUGCCAUCUAUUCUCAUCACCAUCCUCUCCUGGGUGUCCUUCUGGAUCAAUUACGAUGCUUCUGCUGCACGAGUGGCCCUGGGGGUCACCACGGUCCUUACAAUGACCACCAUCAACACCCAUCUGCGGGAGACUCUCCCCAAGAUCCCUUACGUGAAGGCUAUCGAUGUUUAUCUCAUGGGCUGCUUCGUCUUUGUGUUCCUGGCGCUCCUGGAAUACGCUUUUGUCAACUACAUCUUCUUCGGGCGAGGGCCCCGGCAGCAGAAGAAGCAGAGUGAGCGCAUCAGCAAGGCCAACAACGAGCGCCACCGCUACGAGGAGAAGAGGGUGAGAGAGCAGGUUGACCCUUACGGUAACAUCCUCCUCAGCACUCUGGAGAUGAACAAUGAGCUGCUGGCCACGGACAUGAUGAGCAGCGUUGGCGACUCUCGAAACUCUGUCAUGUCCUUUGAAGGCUCAGGGAUCCAGUUCCGGAAGCCUCUGGCCUCUCGGGACGGAUUUGGCCACCACCCGACCCUGGACCGCCACGUCCCGCUGAGCCACCACGCCGCGGCCCGCAACCGCGCCAACUGCCGCCUGCGCCGGCGCUCCUCCAAGCUGAAGCUCAAAAUCCCAGACCUGACAGACGUCAGCACCAUUGACAAGUGGUCACGAAUCAUUUUUCCAAUCACUUUUGGAUUCUUCAACCUUGUUUACUGGUUGUACUAUGUAAAUUGAUGCCUGCGGCCGCCGAGAGAGAGAUAGGGACAGACGCUCAGACAAUGCCAACACAGGAGUGUUGUGGUCUUUUGGGUUUGGGUUUUACUCUUUACUAUCAUUGUCAUUUAUUCCUAUGGUUCAUUAGAUUUAUUCUAAGCUUACUCUUCUCUUUUCAGCACAUGUAGAACCGCGGAGUGUGGGGCGGGGUAAGGGAGAGAAGGGUAUGGGAGGGGGUGUGGUUUCAGGGAGGGACGUGUUUGUCUUGAUUUUGGUUUCCUGCUGAAGGACUGAAACCAUUGUAAAAAAAACAAAAACAAAAAACCGCCAAAAACCAAAAAAAAAAAAAAAAAAGGAA